UGGACAUUCACUGCUGCUAAAGCCAACCUGUUGUCUAAACUUCUGCAUUCUGGAUACAGAUUUAUUUCUUCAUGAAGGCACUGCUAGAAAUGAAUGUUUAAGCCCCUGAUCAUCAACCUGUUCUGUGAGGGGCUAUUUUAAGGAAAAGAUGAAAAUGAAGGAGCCCUUCUCACUUUCAUUCUUACAUCUUGGAGGCUAUUCCCAGGCUCUGGAAAUCUUCUCUAAUCUCUUUCCACCAGCUGGAAAAGACAUUGCCAUUCAGGUAAGACCAUGAUGCUGUCAUGAUGGCUGUGCUUCUCAGUAGCAUCCCACAAUGCUCCAGAGUAACUUUGCUUUGCUCCCAGCCACCUGGUGUUGCUUAAAAUGCUACUGCAGUCUACCUUAAACAUCACUGUCAGGAGCUUUGGCAAGUCCCGUCCUACUGCAGAAAGAUUGCACAAAAGGUCCUGAGGUAUGGUGCCAGAACUUGCAAACUGCAUCUCACUGCAAAGCAGUUAAACAUUGCCGGCAAACUGUCUGGAACAAACCUACAGUGAAAAGCAUUCCUUGUGACUUGUGUAAAGAAGUUGUAACUGUGGCUGGGAAGUUCCUGAAGGACAAUGCCACUGAGGAAGAAAUAUAUGCUUACAUGACUAAGGCCUGUGAGUUUCUUCAGGACCAAGGCCUAGUAGCUGAAUGCAAACAGAUGGUGGAUGCUUACUUGCCAGACAUUCUGGAUAUGAUCAAGGAGGAGCUUGACAACCCUGAAGUCGUAUGCAGUGCACUCACACUCUGCCAGUCUCUUCAGAAGCAUCUGGCAGAAAUAAAAUUGCAGAAACAACUUCAGUCAAACAAGAUUCCUGAAUUAGACUUCUCUGAAGUGGCAUCUCCCUUCAUAGCUAAUGUGCCACUUCUCCUUUACCCCCAGGACAAACCCCAGCAAAAAUCACAGGAUGGUGGGAAUGUCUGUACAGACUGUAUUCAGCUAGUAACUGAUAUUCAGGAAGCAGUAAGGAAUAAUGCGACAUUUGUGAGCUCUCUGAUUGACCAUGCCAUAAAACAGUGUGAACUUCUGGGACCUGUCUUUGCUGAUAUGUGCAAGUCGUAUAUUUCCCAGUAUUCAGAUCUGGCUAUCCAGAUGAUGAUGCAUAUGCAGGAGCAGCAACCAGCGGAUAUUUGUAACCUGAUCGGAUUUUGUUCAUCCCUGAAAUCUGUGCCUCUUCAAACUCUGGUGCCUGCUAAAGUUAUUUCUCAAGUAAAGGAGGAAUCAAUUGAGAAUAGUCUGAGUCAAGUAGAAUCUUUCUCCCUUUGUGAUGCCUGUACGAUUAUGGUGGAAGAGGUGGCCAGUCUUCUGGAAAGUAACAAGUCAGAGGAGGAGAUUGUACAUGAAAUGGAGAAAAUCUGUUCUGUGCUACCUGAAAAAUUCCGGGAAGAGUGCAGGGACUUUGUGGAAGUCUACGGAAAGUCUAUCAUUGACAUGUUGUUGGAAGCAACUAAUCCAAAACUUGUGUGUGUGCUUCUGAAGUGCUGCACAGACAAUGCCUUACCUGCUGAAAAAAUUGUUCCAGCAAAGACAGAGGUUGGGGAUUUUUGUGAUGUAUGCAAGAUGAUUGUUGCUUAUGCAGACAAGGAGUUGGCAAAGAACGCUACCACUGCUGAGAUCGAGGCUUUUAUGGAAAAAGUCUGUCGCUUCUUGCCAGAAUCUGUUAGUGAUCAGUGUGUUCAGUUUGUGGAGAAAUAUGAGCCAGUAGUAAUAGAGCUCUUGGCUGAAAUGAUGGACCCCGCUUUUGUGUGUACUAAACUUGGAGUUUGUGUGGCAUCCACACCACCUCUUUUGGGUACAGAAGUGUGCGUCCAGGGACCUGGCUAUUGGUGUAAAAACAUGGAAACUGCAUCUCGGUGUAAUGCUGUUGAACACUGCAAACAUCAUGUGUGGAACUAGAAGAAACCCCAUGUUGGCCAUCUCUUUUCCUCCCAUAAUUGAAGAAAACGAGAGGCAAGGGUUAGGCUAGCAAGAGCUAAAUCUUGGUACCCUGAUCUCUUGUCACCCCUUCCACCCUGACUUUCCUUUGAAGAAUUGUUUGAAGAAUUGUUUGGUAGCAGUGCUACGCAUCUAGAAGGAUCUACAGUGUUGAUUUAAUUGUAUUUCUGAUGCUAGUUUUAGUUUCUUAUGGUAAUAUGAAUACACAAUAAGUCAUCAGUGGUGGUCAGUUGGUCCGAGUGCCUCAGAGUGCUGAUAUAAGUAAAUGUAAAUAAAUUAAGGACUGUCUGGAUUAAUUUGUAAAGGCACUCUUGUAGUGACUAAUUUGUCCUAAUCUGUGUCUGUGAGCACUGAAUUAAAACAGUUAUUGAAAUGAUGCUGCCAUCUGGACAGUUAAUUGGUAGAAGAAAGAAGUUCUAAAUUGUUAACUAAGCACCUGUAAUAUUAGGAUUUUUUAAAAACUGUAAUACUUCAGAACAUAAGACAAAGUUGCACAAACCUACAGGGAGUAUCUUGUCCAACUGCAUCUUCCAUAUGCAAGGGACAAGGUGAAUAUGCCCAUUGGAAUUUCCAUAAUUAAGGCUAAAAGUCCUUAUGCCAUCAUGGAAUUUGCUGAACUAGGUGAUGGAUGGCCCAUGUAGCAAAUGCUGAGUCUUCAUUCAGGACUUGUUGUGCAGAUACUAACUAUGCUAAAAGAGUUUCAGAUUUAUGCAGCCCAUUCUUUUUAAAUGACCUUUGUUGCUUUGUGAAAGAACAAAAUAGUAAAUUGCCAUGAUUAAACUAGAAAAUUGAGUGAUGUACCUGGUUUGUUUUGGCUGAAAACUAUGAUGCGUGCAUCUAUUUUCCUUUUCUAAGGGUAUAACUAAUGACCUGUCACACCUUUUGGUAAGAAGAGCUUAUGCAAAGAUCUGAGAGAAAGAAGCAGGAAAAGAACAAUAUUAGUAUGGCUAUAAAAAUUCAAUCAUUUUCAGUUGGGUUUCAGAAUUGUUAGUCUCUGGCAUUUCCUAAUGUUGCCACCUAUCCUUCUGCAAUGCUUCUGCCCAUGAUUGUAGCUAUUUGCAUGAGUAGGCGUUAUCCUGGAUAAUUCUGCAGGUAGGUGGGAAUGCUUAGAAGCAAGAAGUUAUGUGGAAGUAGUUUGCAUAAUGAAUUUUGCUUAAGGGCAGGUGUGUGUGUGUGUGUGAUUUAGCUCUUGCCCUUGUCACUGUAAGCAGUGCCACUGAUGGCACAAUCUGCCAAGUCUAUAAGUCCUGUAUCAUUUACUGUGUCCAUGGGUAGCACAUAUUUUACACUUCUAAGUUUUCUGCAGGCAAAGCAUAGAAGAGUACUUGGUCAUGGUGUGCAAACUAUUCACAGAACGCUUGAAGUCCUUUAACCAGAAUGUAUAGCUGUCUAAACAAGUAGUUCAAAGUAUGGAUAUAUAAAACCAAUUAACAAAUACAACCAUGGAGAGGCUAACUAGCUCAGCAUGGAAAACACACAGGAGCUUUAACAAAGCUAUUGGUGUAGAGUUAGGGAGGGAACUCAUUUUUGUGGCUUUCAACGUGAAAGUAAGCUGUAGGAGGGAUCUUCAUGCAGCUUAAUUUUAUACAUCCUAGAUGCAUGUAAAGGCAUUGACUUGAUUCCUUGAAGCUGCUUUUUGCCUGCUACUCACCUUUUAGUUCUUGCUAUUUGGAAGUGAAUAGGAUACAAAGCAACUGCUGUGUGGGUGUUAACAGUGACAUCUGUUGAAUCUUCUGCAGUUAUAGAGUGAAGGUUUGCCUUGUUAGCAACGAUCUCUCUUCCUCUGGAAGUUGUCAGACUUUUACUGGACUUUGUAGUGCAGUAGACCAUUCUAGACACUAGUCCUUGUUUUGGCUAACUGUUUGAGCUAUAUGCAGAGUUUGAUUCCUUGCUUUAUAGGAUGUGAAUUUUUUUGGACAUAAUCUUGAAACUGGGAACUUUGUGUGUAUGCUAGCAUUCAGUAUGUGUUUUUGUGAUAACAUUUUCUAUCAUCUAGGUAUGAACUGGUAAAACAAGCAAUUGCUUUAACAAAUCACUCUAUUUAAAUUUUUUUGGUGAAUUAAAGCUUCUGCAAUUCAACAAUAAAGGUGGAACUAAA